AUUUAGUCCGUCGGUCGUCUCCUGAGUUCACCUUCUACCAGGUUUGAUAGCCUAAACAAUCUCCGCGUCUGCUCUCAAUCACAUUGCAAGCCGAGGUCACCAAAAUGACUAUCUUCGAACAUGUGCAGGACGUUAUCGGCCAACUUCCAGUUCUCAAAAGUUACAGCCAUAUGCUGAUAUGUUUCCCUGUUGAGGAUGGUAAGCACGAAGCUGCCAUCCAGAAUAUCGAGCGCGCUGUUCGCCUCGUGAUGAAGACAUUUCCGUAUCUCUCUGGAAAGGUUCUCAAUGAGGGUAUUUGUGCUGGAAGUUCCGGGACGUUCAAGGUCGAGAGCUGCGAGGAAUGGGAAAGUGCGGACUAUGUCUUCGUACGCGUCCAGGAUCGCACCGCCGAAUGUGCUUCGUAUGAUGAGCUGUGUGCCGCCCAUGGGCCAUCUUCCAUGUUACCAGGGCAUCUGUUGAGUUCACGAGUGGCGUUUCCGGAAACGUACCAGGACAAAGAAGAAAGCCCGGCUCCUGUCCUAGACUUUCAGGCAAACAUCGUCCGCGGCGGAUUGUUGCUGGAUUUGGCCGCCCAGCACAAUAUCAUUGACGGGACGGGGCUUUUCCAAAUCAUGAACUUGUUGGCCACCGCUUUGCGUGGAGAUCAGUUCCCUCUCUUCCAACUCCACGAAGGAAACCGCGACCGUCGCUCUUUGAUUCGAUUGCUCGGCCCAGAUGAGCCCCUGCUGGACCAUAGCGAGCUCAAACCUCCUGUCAUUAUGAAGGCGCCUCCCCCGUCGGAUGUACUGGCUCCGUACAAAUGGCGAUAUUAUCGGUUCCCGGUGGACUCAGUGAACAAGAUCAGAGAUCUGGCAAAUAGUAAGCCAGAAGAUUUCGACCCCUGUACAGAGUCCCUGUCUCUAAACGAUGCCAUCACUGCGUUCUGUUGGCAACGGAUCACGACCAUCCGUCUAAAGAAGCUCAAAACGCCCACCGCGUUCUCAAAGCUCAGCCGAGCUGUCGACUUUCGUCGUAUUAUGAGACUUACUCCGGCCUACUUAGGCCAUAUGGUCCGCGUCUGCAAUACGCGGCUCACUUUCGAAGACAUCGUCGAAAGCUCCCUCUCGCGACUUGCGUCGAUCCUCCGCAAAGACAUACAGGAAAUCAGCAACGAAUAUGCCCUCCGUAGCUACGUCACGUUCCUCGCGAAUGAGCCGGAUAAAUCGGAUAUUGCUUAUGGCGGGUGCUUCAACCCGCAGACGGACUUCUCCUGUUCGUCUAUUGCGCAUGUUAAGGCUCCUGACUUCGGGCCGCUAGGGAAGCCUGGACUUAUGAGGAGACCGACAUUCCAACCUUUGCCUUGCUCGUCGUACAUUGCUCCGAUGUUACAUGGAGAGGGUAUGGAGGGCCUGUUUUGUUUGCACGAGAGUGACAUUGAGGCUCUGGCGGAGGAUGAAAUGUGGAAGAAAUUCGUUGAGUAUAUUGGGUAGGCUUCGGUUAUGCGGUCAUUGCG